GCGCGCCCCGCCCCUCGGCGUCGCUCUGGGGCGGCUCAGGGGCUCGCCGGAGAGAUGGCGGCGGCUGGAGCUGGCCGUCUGCGGAGAGCGGCGUCGGCCCUGCUGCUGCGGAGCCCGCGCCUGCCCGCCCGGGAGCUGUCCGCUCCGGCCCGGCUCUAUCACAAGAAGGUUGUGGAUCACUAUGAAAACCCCAGAAACGUGGGGUCCCUUGACAAGACGUCCAAAAAUGUCGGCACUGGCCUCGUGGGGGCCCCCGCUUGUGGGGAUGUCAUGAAGUUGCAGAUCCAGGUGGAUGAGAAGGGGAAGAUUGUGGACGCCCGGUUUAAGACCUUCGGCUGCGGCUCUGCGAUCGCCUCCAGCUCCUUAGCCACCGAGUGGGUGAAAGGGAAGACGGUGGAGGAAGCCUUGACCAUCAAAAACACAGACAUCGCCAAGGAGCUCUGCCUCCCCCCGGUGAAACUGCACUGCUCCAUGCUGGCUGAGGACGCCAUCAAAGCCGCGCUGGCUGACUACAAGCUGAAACAGGAGCCCAAGAAAGGCGAGGCGGAGAAGUGAGGCCGAGGCCCUGGCAGGGCCGCCCGCGGCUCGCCCACCUGCGCUGCGCUCCCCUGGGCUGCCAUGUAGAAGACCGAGACGCGCACGAUGCCUGCUGUCCACCGGCGGCUCUGACUCCAGCUCAAUACACAGUGUCCUUGUUCUGAAUCCGUGGUUUCUUUAAGCCCGCCUUUCUCGCCUUAACAAGCUCAUGUCUGUUUUGAAUUGUGUGUGUGCCUCAGAACUGAAACCAGUCAUGGAGUCUCGCGUUCUGGCCGCGAAGUUCAUAAAUAUCUCCUGUCGCCGAGUCUGCUGUCGGGGAGCACCCGUAGGAUGCCUUAGUCUCUGUCUGAGGGAGCCAAUGAUUGUACAUAGUCGCUGUGUAUAUGUGAGUGUGUGUUGUAAUAAAUAAAAGGUCACAGGGCCCCAAGCUUCUCAUCA